AUGAAUGAAGCCCCAGUGACCUUAACAGAGUCAAAUUCAUCAAAAAAUAUUCCUGAUGAGGGUGAGAGCAUUUCUGUUUUUGCUAAGGAUUUGGACACUCGGACUUCUUCAUCGAAAGAAAAUAAGGAUAAAGGGUCUCGUUACCAGGCCAUAAAAUUAUUAAAAAAAAAAAAACAAUAUUUGUCGUCAACUGAUGAGAUCAUAGGCUUUGAAAGUCUCAAGGGCACAAAUUUAGCAAAUCAUGCUGUAGUAUUUAUGAUCAAAGGAGUGAGAAGAAAUUUUAAUCAGCCAGUAGCAUACUUCUUUACACAAAGUUUAAAGAAAAUAGAUCUCAAAACAAUAAUUAAAGAUGUAAUAAGUCAUGUUGAAACUACUGGUUUAAAAGUAUUGGCCACUGUGUGCGACCAGGGGGCGACAAAUGUUAGUGCCAUUAACAGCCUGAUACAAGAUACACGUGCUGAAUAUUGUAAGAAAGGUGUGGAAUGGCGGCGAAACGUUUAUCAAGUGGGACACCAGAAAAUUUACCACAUUUAUGAUGUGCCCCACCUUUUUAAAGGAUUGCGCAAUAACCUUUUAAACAAGGACCUUAUAUAUAAAGAUCCAAAAGACCACUCUGAGAAAACAGUGAAAUGGGACUAUUUUCGAAUACUUUAUGAGGCUGAUAGAUCAUUUGGAGAACUCAGUUGCAGCCAAUCACUUUGUUGCAAGAAAAGAAGUUCCAGAGGAGUGUCAGCAGCUGGUACCACUUGUCAUGUUAUUGGACAAAUUAUUUGACAGCCUUAAUGUGUCCAGUUUUUACCAAAAAAAUGGAAAAGAAUUUACUGGUGCAGUGAGAAAAAAAUCAAGCCACCAUAAGCUAUGGGACGAAGCAAUUAUAUUUAAAAAAAAUCUUAAAACAAGGUAAUAAAACGCGGUUAGCUGAAAAAAAUGU